CCCUUAAAUCGUGAACAUUGUUGUCCCAAAAUGACGAGAAUUUGUGUUAUUGCAGCAAUGGCUUUCUAGCUUCCACUCUGUUAAUCACUUCUCAAUGGAUCCCCCAACCUCCUACCGUAGUCGUCGAACCACCAACAAAUCUGACCUCUACUCCACAGUGGUCAUCCAUUCCAAUUCCGAUUCCGACUCCGACAACAACCCCGACCAUCGGAAUCCUCACCGUCGACCAAGGCCACCGACCGAAGGACAAGACCUUUACGCCACAAUGCUCUACAAGGAUGUUGAUAAGCCUCGGGAUGAAGACGAUGACGAUGAUUCUUCUCUCCCUCCUCUCCUCAAACGCCUUCCCAAGGAUUUCGGCGGUGGAGCCCCAAUUGGCUACGAGGAUGACGAUGCUUUUGAUUUUGAUCAGGAUACUGAAGACUUCGGUACCAUGAUCGUCAAGACGGAUAGGAAUCGUCCUCGUAAUCGCUCUGUGUCUUCCUCAGUUUCUACCAAUCCUCGAACUUCGCCGUUACCGUUUGUGAACUUUCAGCAGGGGAGCCCCGGGAAGAGAGAUGGUAGUGAUGAAGUCGAGGAUAGUGAGGAGGAAGAUGAUGGUGAUGGAUAUUCUACGUUUGUGGUGAGGUCGACGGCGAGGUCGCGGAACAGAGAAUCAGUUAGUGGGACUGUUGUUCGAAGGACUGGUGGUAGUCGCAGUGGUUCCAGAGAUGGAGGCGGAGGACUUGAUGGGUCCACGAUGGGCAGGGCGGUGGCGAGUAUGCAAGGUAUGGGAGAGUUAGGGUUUGGGAAACAGAGGAAGGGGAAUGGAUCACCGAUGAGUGAGGAGGACGGUGGUCGGAUACGCAGUAAGGUAUCGUCGAGUUCGAUUCCAGAAAGCAUCACCAGGGAAGAUCCACAUUCUAAGUAUGAAUUGCUCAAUGAACUUGGAAAGGGGUCCUAUGGGGCUGUAUAUAAAGCAAGAGAUAUUAAGACCUCUGAGCUGGUUGCUAUCAAGGUCAUUUCUUUGUGUGAAGGGGAGGAAGGAUAUGAAGAAAUUCGUGGUGAAAUUGAGAUGUUGCAGCAAUGCAGUCAUCCAAAUGUUGUCCGCUAUCUUGGGAGCUAUCAAGGAGAAGAGUAUCUAUGGAUAGUAAUGGAGUACUGUGGGGGUGGCAGUGUUGCUGACUUGAUGAAUGUUACCGAGGAAGCUUUAGAGGAAUAUCAGAUUGCAUAUAUCUGUAGGGAGGCACUGAAGGGUCUCACUUAUCUUCAUUCAAUAUUCAAAGUUCACAGAGAUAUCAAGGGUGGUAAUAUUUUGUUAACUGAGCAAGGGGAUGUCAAGUUGGGUGAUUUUGGAGUUGCAGCUCAGCUGACUAGGACCAUGUCAAAGCGCAAUACAUUCAUUGGCACUCCACAUUGGAUGGCUCCAGAAGUUAUUCAGGAAAGUCGAUAUGAUGGGAAGGUGGAUGUGUGGGCCCUUGGUGUUUCUGCUAUUGAAAUGGCUGAGGGGCUUCCUCCAAGAUCUGCAGUGCAUCCAAUGAGGGUUUUAUUCAUGAUAUCAAUUGAGCCAGCUCCAAUGCUUGAAGACAAAGAAAAAUGGUCCUUGCUGUUCCAUGACUUUGUUGCAAAGUGUCUGACAAAAGAUCCUCGUUCACGCCCUGCUGCUUCUGAAAUGUUGAAGCACAAAUUCAUUGAGAAAUGCAGAUGUGGGGCGUCGGCAAUGUUGCCCAAGAUUGAAAAAGCUAGGAAAAUCAGGACUUUAAUGGCUCAACAAGCACAAAGUAUUGCUCCAGAUGCAUCAGGAGAUGGUACAAUAGUAGCUGCAAAUUUGAAUCAAGAUUAUGGAGAUACUGUUCCUUCAAAGCCUCAGAAUAUUGGACUUCAGGUAGCAAGUGAAAUAGCAGGCUCUGAACUUGUAGCAGAAGGUACUUUUGGCACUGUAAUAGUCCAUGAUGGAGAUGAGAAUGAUAAGGUGGCCUCUCAACUGGAUAUAGGCAUUGCUGAACCACCAACUGGUUCCUUACGCAAUGAGAGCCUAUCCAUUAACGUAACUAGAGUUGACUCUAGUGUGCGUACAGGAGGAAUUGUAAAUAAUAUUCUUGAUGGAAAAUCGGAUCCCACCAUGCCUGCAUCUUUACCUUCAUUUUUGGGUAUUCAUGAGCUUAGCACAUUGAAGAGUGAAACUGUCAGCCGGAAAUCAUUUGCUCUGCAGGACAAGCUCUGGUCCAUUUAUGCAGCGGGUAAUACUGUGCCCAUUCCGUUCUUGAGGGCUACUGACAUAUCCCCCAUUGCUUUGUUAUCUGACAACGUCCUUGGAGGUGUGCAGCAUGACAAUAGGGGUACUGUAGCUGUGGAAACGCUUCAGGAACUUUUCACCGGUGAUGGACAAUCAAAAAAGGGUCGUAGGGGACAAAAUGAGAUGCCUCUUCCACCCAGUGUUUAUCAAAGACUUACUUCAAGUCCAACACUAUUGAACCUUGCCCAGGCUUUAGCUUACCACAGAAUGUGUUACGAAGAUAUGCCACUUCAAGAGUUGCAGGCAACUCAAGAACAACAAACCAUUCAAAAUCUUUGUGAUACUCUGAGAACUAUCCUCCGAUUGUAGAUAAUAAUCUUUCUUCUGCCGUACUCGUUGUUUUUCUUCCCUUUUCUUUCUUUUCAUUUUAUCACACUUCCUUCCAAAUGUAAGAAAAUCACUAUUUUCCCCCUCCCCAUUAUAUUUUUUCCUGAAGUUAGUUGAGUGAUUAUUGUUGCUUGUCUUUGUGCCAUUGUUCAUUCUUUUAAUUUUGAUUUUUGGGUAUAUAUUGCCUAUCAUUUUACCUUUUA